AAAGUCCACUCUAUCUUUGGAGGGAAGGAUUUUGGAAGGAAAAGGAAAGAUAUCAUUUGUAAGUCAAUACGAAUAAUGUAGAACAGAGACAAAGAAAGGGGAGGGGGGUACCCUCGACAGGGAUUCAAGGGAGAAGGGAACAAUGUCUCUCUGCCGCCGAAUUCUGACGCUCGGGUGGGUAAAUUAAUAUAUCUCCAAGGACUAACAUAUUGGCUUGAUCUCGACCGAGUCAGUCGCCCCUACAGCUGAGGAACCUUAAACUAGACCCAGUCGUUCGGCGGCAAAUGUGAAACACUGACUUCUCUCGCUUAGAUCCAUCUCAACCGCUAUCACGACAAUUACUGAGAACGCGUCAUGACGAUGAGGUGAUCAUUGCCGGAUAUGGUUAAAAACCCUGACCGUUGUCCUUCAUGGUAUCUCUGGAUCCUGACUAUCACUGGGGAGAGUUACUGCGCUAUCCUGAUCCUUAUCCAUCAAUCGGCCCAUAAUGACCCCAACAGUUCCAAGCAGGAUGUAUCAAGAGAAGCUACCCGACUGGGUACCGUGGACGUAGGGUAUCUACUAUAAAAGCUGGAGUAUCCCGAAGUCUGUAAAGUGCUGUGCAACUGCUGUC